AUGGCAGCUGUGUAUGUGGCUACCCGGAAGGGAAGAAUAAGGGGGAAGGAAGAGGCUUCCAUCCCUACCAUUCAGUUUCCUUCCGAAGACGACAGCAUCCUCAUCGCAGAGCUUCACCGGCAAGUCCUCAGGUAUUCUUGUCCUCCUCUCCCUUUCAAUCCCGUGACUGUGCAAUGCCGCGACAGCACCAUCGGAGACACAUGGCAGCGCAGGAAAGUUUGUCUGAGCAAGGACAAGCUUCUGCUCGGAAAAGUCGGAGCGAUGGACGUGAUUGACUACAUACCGCUGGAUGAGGUCAUGGCCGUCGUGUCCAAGACAAGCACAGAAGAAAACAUUGACGAGACCGUCCGGCAAGAAGAGAAGAGGGCCAGUAUCAAGCGAUCGACAACUCUGAGGAUAGACGACGACGAGCUGGACGAGAAGAUCUUCAUCAUCACGACCAUACCCGAGGGACACAACUCGGGCAAGUCGACAGUGCUGCUGGCAUCGAGCAAGGAUGAGCGAGACACUUGGAUCACAGCUAUCCACCAAGCUGUCAAAGUCUAUCUCAAGGAAAAGCUACGGCAAGGAGAAACGAAGCUAGAGAGGCGACAGAGGCAGCUGAGAAGAAUCUACUCGAGCACAGCAAGUCAGCUCUUCUUCUCGGCUGUGAUCAUGGCGUCUUUCAUUUGCGCCAUCUUGUCGGCGCAGCUGCAGCCUCCAGACGGCUCGCAACAAGCGAGAGCGUUCAGAGCCUUGGAAAUAACCUACACGUGCAUCUUCGCAUUUGAGCUGGUAGUCAACGUGCUGAGCAACUGGUACUGGCCGUUCGUAUCGGAUGGGGGCGACGCGCAUGGGGAUGCAGACUUCGUGGUCGUGAUGAUAACUGUUCUUUCGGAGAUCAUCCGAGGCGUGCCUGGUGUGAGCGCGCUACGUCUGAUUCGUAUCUUCAAGAUGAUACGAGUGUUCAGGAUGCUCAACUCGUUCCGCGUGCUGAUCAACGCCCUGUCGUCUUCGGUCAUUCCUGUGCUGAACGCGUUCUGCAUCUUGCUUAUCUUCACGUCGAUCUUCGCGAUCAUCGGGACGAACGUGUUUGCUGGGAGGAGCGAGGACUUCUUCGGGAACUUUUUGAAGUCGAUGUUCACCCUCUUUCAAAUAGCGACUGGCGACUCCUGGGCGUCGUCGAUUGCACGUUCACUCUUUAUCGACGACGACCGCAUCAACUUCUGGACUGCGAUGUACUUCGUGAUCUAUAUUCUCAUCGUCAACGUGGUGCUGAUGAACAUCGUGGUGGCUGUACUGCUGGACGAGUUCAUCUCGACGGUCGAGCGAGAGCGCAGCGAGAAGAAAGCAAAGCGUCAAGAGGACAUUAUCGGACUCGUCAAGUCGUUCCGUGGCUCAGGCCCGCUGGACCCGCUGGUGACAAGCCUGAUGGACUUCUCGACGCUGGAGGAGCUGUCGUUGAAGAUCUUCCAGCUCUAUCAGAAGAUGGACCUGGACGAGUCCGGGUCAGUCAACCUCGAGGAGCUCAACUUCGGGCUCAAGAAGCUCAAGCUGAGCCCUCCCGUGACGCUGACGGAGGAGGAUUGGGACGCGAUCACGGACUCCCGGAAGCUGCUGAACUCGCAGGAGGAGCUGGGGCCAGAAGAGUUCGAGACGAUGAUCCUGACGCAGAUGUCGAACUAUGUGCAUCGCAAGGUUGCUACGGCGAUCAAGAACGAGGCGCAGGAGUUCAACUACGACGUCCUGUUUGCAAUCAAGUCGCUGCUAUUCUCAGUGGACAAGAUAGACAACCCGAUCUUCAAGUCGAAGAAACAGACUCCACGGAAGUCGAAGAGGGAGAUCUUGAAGAAGCUCUUCAACUCGCCUGUUUACAACGCUUUCUCGCACUGGAAGCAUGAGAUGGGGUUGCCCAGCUCGUUUCGCCAAACUAAAGCCGUUAGCCUCGAGACUCUUAAUGUCAACAUGGAAAGAAUCGAAGCUGUCUUGAGCAAGAUCGUCUCGGAUCCUUCCCCAGGUAGACCCCAGGACCUUCACAUCCUCCGGCUCACCGACGCCGUGGAGAAGAUACAGUCGUCCAUGUCGCGGCACGACGACACCUUGAGAAGGAUAGAGGAGAAGAUGUCUCGGAUGGAGAGGCACGGGAGCGAAGGGCCCAAGCGGCCGCAUGGAGGAGCGAACGGGGGAGGGCAACGAGGAGAGGAGGGGCAGUCGCCGGUGGGGACGAUGCUGGGGUCAGACAUCAUCGUGGUAGGGAAGGGCAAGCAGGAGGAGCGAGAGGAGGUCAAGCUCCAGAGUCUCAGUGAGCGUCGGGCGUCAAGCAGAUCUGUUUUUAGACACAAAAACCUCUCGUUUCCUUACUUCUCGCCCAGAAAGGACAAGGAGCUCAACGGGAGCAGCUCAGCCGUCUACCCCGGACCCUCGCAAGCUUCGCCGCAGUCCUCCAAGAGACUUGACAAGUUCCUUCCCAACGGGGACCCUCCCGACGGAGAUCGCCCGAGGCUUCCGGCCGAGACGUGCAGGGGCAAGGGAGACUACGUGAAGCUGUCAUGGUUCGAGCUGCCGGUCAACUUCGACUCGCUGCGAUCGUCGAGCAUCUUGCGGCGGGAGCAGGCGAGGGCGGAGAGCGUCAAGGUGCUGCUCUACGACACGUACCACGUGUACCUCAAGGUCGGGGAGGACGGGGUGGCGCGAGAGUGCUUCUCGGCGGGUCUCGGGGAGGACGGGGAGGGGUCGACGGAGACGGAGAGGAUGGGCAGAGCGGUGGAGCAGCUGUGCAAGGAGGAGGGGGGGCUGGCGGUAGAGCGAUCGUCGUACGUGGACGUGCACUCGCGGGACGGGACGGGCUACAGCCGCUUCUUCCAAGCGAGGAGGGAGGGAGAGCAGGCGACAGGGGCGAUGGGGAAGACUUUGACGGGGAAGUACGUAGGGGGGAAGCUGAGGGUAGAGGAGGAGGGGGGGGAGGUGCGAGAGGUGGAGCUAGACAGGAGCAUUCAUCAGGCGAUCAGCAAGAUCCGCGUGCUGAGAUAUCAAUUCUGA